AUGGAAGAUCGCUGCAAGCCCUCUCUGCCCUCCGGUGUCUCCUGCCUGUUGGUCCUUACACAGUUGCUUAGCUGGGUGACCUCAAAGGAGUUCCUGGUCUUUGGUCCCUCGGACCCCAUUGUGGCUGUACGAGGUGGGGAAGCCAUACUUCCCUGCUCCGUGUUUCCAGCCAUGAGUCUGGAGGACAUGGAGGAGCUGAGGUGGUUCCGCACCAGAUUCUCAGAAGCAGUACUAGUCUAUCGGGACCAAGAGGAGCAGAAGGAAGGGCAGAUGCCUGAGUAUUCCUGGCGGACCACGCUGGUGAAGGAUCAGUUCCAUCAAGGGAAGGCUGCUGUGAGGAUCCAAAAUGUCCAGGCAUCAGAUAGUGGGAUAUAUGUCUGCCACUUCAAACAGGGACAUGUCCAGGAAGAGGCCAUCUUGGAACUGAAGGUGGCAGUGAUGGGUUCUGUUCCUGAAGUGCAUAUCAAAGGCCCAGAAGAUGGUGGAGUGUGUGUUGUGUGCAUGGCUUCAGGGUGGUACCCGAAGCCCCAGGUGCAUUGGAGAGACUCCAGAGGACAAAAUCUGUCAGCAUCCUUGGAGAUCCACCAUGAAGAUGCUGAAGGAUUGUUCAGCACAGAGACCUCGCUGGUGGUGAGAGACAGGUCUGUGGGGAAUGUGACCUGCUCCACCUUCAAUCCCAUCUUGGGCCAGGAGAAAGCCAUGGCCAUGUUCAUCCCAGAGCCGUUUUUCCCUCAGGCCUCUCCCUGGAAGCCAGCUUUUCUCGUGACCCUGACCACGAUGGGACUACUACUCUUAGGGACAAGCUAUCUUCUCAGAAGAGAACGUUUUGCAAGGCGAGAGGUGCAGCAGAAAUUGGGGAAUCUUCAGAGUGAGAAAGAUGAGUUACAGAAGAUAAAGGAGGAUUCCCUCUCCUCACUGUUUUCAGGAGCACUGUGGAAGGAGCAUGGUCAAAGGAAAGCAACCUACAAUGCUGCCUGGAGGAAGGCCCAGCUGUAUGCAGAUUGGCGCAAGGAGCAUUUCCAGCCCUGGACUUUCACUCUGGAUCCAGACUCUGCCCACCCCAUCCUUGCCAUCUCCCAGAAUAGGAUGAGUGUGACCAGGAAGGAUUCCACUAUGUGCUUGGAUGACCUCUUCUGUGUGUUAGGCAUCAAAAGCAUCUCUUCUGGAAGAUAUUACUGGGAGGUGAAGCUAAGACAUGGCGACAGCAGCAAGUGGACUCUGGGGGUCUGUAGGGAAGGUGUGGACAGGAAAGGAUGUUUCUCAGAGUGUCCAGACAAGGGGUUUUGGACUGUGGGGCGGUCUAGUAGUGGAUAUUGGGCCUAUAUUGACUCUGGGAUGGCUUCAUUAUCCAUCAGGGAAGCCCCACAGAGUGUUGGGGUGUUUGUGGACUACACUGAAGGUGACAUCUCCUUCUAUAACAUGAGUGACAUGUCCCACCUUUUUUCCUUUCAUGAAGCUUCCUUCUCUGGGAAUCUUUUUCCAUACUUCAGGCUUAAGUCUGGAAAUGUCUCAAUGAUCAUCAACUCCUUGACAUGUGUGUCUGAGGGGUGGGAGGGAGAAGAGGGGAGAAGGAGGAGGAAACGAAGUAGGAAGGGGAGGAAGGGGAAGAGGGCAAAGAGGGGGAAGAAGUUAGUUUUGCCUCCUCUGAAGGAGUCUCCGAGUGCUGCAGGGGAGGGCCUGGUUCCAGGCUCUUGUGUUGUAGACUCUGUCCCAGGGGAAGAAUCUCCAUUUCUCCAGCAUGCCAGGGACACUCUGUUCCCAUAG